AUGAGCUUUGAAGAAAACGACGAUGGUGUGAGAAUUGGGCUGUUAAGAGAUGUAUGGCAAUGUAUAGCUUCACCAUGCUUCACCCACUCGCCCGACUACCAUCGGCUCGCAGCCAUUUUUCGCCCCGCUUCGGGCGGCCGCUCGUUGCGGUCGACCAACGAAAGCUUCGGCCGAUUUUCCGCCAUGCUGGGAAUCAAGUACGAUAUCUUCAGAAAGGCUCAGAGCUUCCCACUGCUGCGCUUCUGGUACCGCCGAGCCGUGCGCUUCGACGAGCGCUCCGGGCUGCUGACGGCGGGGCUCCCGCUGCUGGUGACGCUCUUCGCCGCCAUCAGCGUGACGACGACCAUCUUGGAUCGACAGUUCGAGAUGCGGGACAUGCGAGCGCGCUCCGUGAGCCGAAGAGAGCAAAGCUUGGAAGAGGAACAUCAGGCCAUGAGAGAGUUCCUCAAGGGCACAGAAGAUGAGUACGAAAUGAAGCAGAUCCCCGACACCUAUCGGAUGACCCGGUGA